AUGUGGCCGAUCUCCCAAGCGGCUAGAGAGCUGAUGAGUGGUGAAGAGGAUAGAGGCACUCCACAAGAGUCAGGGCAGGUGCUGGCCAUCAAGCUGCCUAUUGACACUGACCUUCAGGAGAUAAAAGAAAUUUCCAUCAUGCAGCAGUGUGACUCCAAUGUUGUCAAAUACUACGGCUCCUACUUCAAGGAUUCUGACUUAUGGAUCGUAAUGGAGUACUGUGGUGCUGGUUCAGUAUCUGACAUCAUGAGGCUGAGGAAGAAGACACUCACUGGAGAAAUAGCGACUGUAAUAUACGACACCUUGCGUGGUCUAGAAUACCUCCACCUUAGACGGAAAAUUCACCGGGAUAUUAAAGCCGGAAAUAUCUUACUCAACACUCAAGGUCAUGCCAAAUUAGCCGACUUUGGAGUGGCAGGUCAACUGUCGGACACAAUGGCCAAAAGAAACACUGUGAUAGGAACUCCUUUUGGAUGGCCAGAAGUGAUUCAGGAAAUAGGUUACGACUGUGUAGCUGAUAUAUGGGCUUAGGUGUUCUCCGUCCUGCAGGUAUAACAGCAUGAGGUUCCCCACAGAGACAUCCACCCAUGCGCGCCCAUCUUCAUGAUCCCGACCAAACCCCCACCAUCAUUCCGAGAACCUGACCAGUUCCAGGGGUCCUCUUCUUCCUUCCCUUCUAGAUGUCUGGUGAAGAAUCCCGAGGAGCGAGCAACAGCCUCUGAGCUCCUACAACACCAGUUCAUCCGGGGAGCACAACCCUCCAGCAUCCUCCGCAACAUGUUGGAGGAGGCCAUGGAGAUCAGGGAGAGCCAGAACUCCAACCGACAGAACCAGAUCAAACAUAUCACGGAAUCGCAACAAGUUCCUCAACUCCAAUUGCCAAGAAUGAAUGUGCAAGCUGAGCAGGAUAACAAAAACAACCAACACAAUCAAACUCAUCAUCAACACCACCACCACAACCUUGCUAACACUGAGAUUCAGGAUGAAGAUGACGUGGAUAGCAGCACCAUGGUUCGAUACAGUGCCGGGGGAGGCAACAGCGGCACCCUCAAGCCACUCAACAAUGAAGGCACGCUGAUGGCACCGUUGGAUUGCGGGGGAACGUUGAAGGCCCCCGGCGGUGGCACGGGAACCCUCAGCACGGACCUCGGGACGAUGGUAAUAAACUCGGAUAAUGAAGAGGAUGACGAAGACUCCACCAUGAAAAGACACGACACAGCACCUGGCGAGCGACUUGAUCGGCCUCUCUUUCUGGAUUAUUUUGAUAAAAAAGAGCAGGAAAAGAAGGCCAGAAGUAAAGGCUUGAAGGGCAACUCCCCAGUGGACCAGAUGGUAACACAGCAGUAUAUGGGCACCGGCCGACCUAUUGUCACACAGCAACAUCCUACUUCACAAACUACGCAGUUAUCAUUAGAUGAGAAGCAUAUAUUGCAACAGCAGCAGCAUUUGCAGCAACAGCAAGCACAAUCCAACCUACAGCAGCAGCAACAGCAAGUUAAUCUCCAACAGCAGCAGCAUCAUCAGGUCCAGCUAAGAAAUCAAGAGUACGAAAAGCAGCACCCUACGGACAAUACCAUGGUGUACCCCCCCACCGCCUUAAUACACUCACAGCCGAAGCCUAUGUCUGCAGAAGAACGAAGAAAGUUUGAG